CGGUAAUUCAGGCGUGGGAUACGAGAUGAGUUGUCAGAAGAGCUUGGAAAUAUAGUCUAAUGCAUGUAGAUGAAAAUCAAACAUGACAGACCAGAAGGACAUUUGGAAAGUCUUUGUUCCAUACCAGAUUCUUAUGUCUCCCAAAGGUCAGCUUUGUGGGAAGCUUAAUGAACAGUUGAAACUUGUUUAUAUAUCAGGGAUAUGGGAAGCAUCAGAAUCAACCAAUGCAGAUAUCAUUGGUCGAUGGGAACCAUCAUAUACAUCAGCAAAUGAUCAAAAGAAGACCAAAGAGUAUGUUGUGUAUUUAAACAAGUCCUUGUCUGGACAGCUGCAAUGUGAUGUUGUGAUUGGAAAGAGUCCAGUGGUUUGUAGUUGCAUCAUCUAUAGUCCUGAGGACCUUGUAAAAUCCUAUUUUAUAACAAGUAGAGAGAUCAUUGCAGACCGAGGAACAUUAAGGACAGGCACAAUACAAACUCUUAUAAAUUACAUACAGGAAUUUCCACAGAACAUGAAAUCAGCCUGCAAAGAAAAUUGGAUAUCACUAACCAAUGUAUUGAUCAGAGGUCUAAUAUGGAUUUUUGGACUAUUCCGUUUUGUUAAGCUAGUCUUUGAUAACAGGAUUAUUCAACGGUAUGGCAUUGUGCAGCAAGUCCUGAACACACCAGCCUUUGUUCACCAUCUGUCUAUUCGCUGUAAACUGAAUGAACAGGUGACACAAGAGAAAUCCACUAGACUUCAACACUUCAGGUGUAUGGAUGCUCUCAGUAGGCAGAUGGUUGACACUGUGCUUGGUGUAGCUGUGAUGUAUUUUCUGAUGCAAAGUAAUAUCACUGAUAUCAUGGCGGCAUCAGUGUCAUCAUGGGCAGAUCAAACAGCUGACAGCCUGUCCUUGCUGCUGGAGUGGUUGAUGGGAGUUCCUGCCGGACUCAAAUUAAACAGUCAGCUCACUCAGUACCUUGGUCAUUUCUUCCUAUAUCACAUCUACCUGUGGAAAGGUUACCUGUACUUGUUGAAGCCUGUCCUCAGCGGGGUACUGUGGUACUUGAUGUGUGUGGGAGUACUUGGUGUGACAUCCCAGCUGUGUGUACUUCAGGAUGUUUUCUCCAUGAUGACACUGCAUGUCUACUGCUUCUAUGUUUAUGCUGCAAGGCUUUACCGCUUGCAAGUAUACACAUUAUCAGCCCUUUGGAGACUGUUCCGUGGUAAAAAGUGGAACACACUGCGACAGCGUGUUGAUUCCAGCUCCUUUGAUGUAGACCAGCUGUUUAUUGGAACAUUGCUAUUCACUAUCCUUCUGUUCAUGCUGCCAACCACAAUGUUGUACUAUACUGUAUUCACCUUGCUGCGAUUACUUACACUUUUGGUCCAUGGCUUGUUGACCAGUAUUGUCCACUUUCUCAAUCAUUUCCCAGUCCAUACAGUCUUUCUGUGGCUCCUACAUCCUAAAAGUGUAACAGACAAUAUCGUGUUCAAUGCAUUGCCAUCAGAUCUGAAGAAUGGAGGCUGUAUUUUUUCCAUGCGAGUAACACCGCCAUCCAUUUUAAAGCUAUUGGACAUCAGUCGUAAACUCUGUAAUAGGAGGACAGAAAGUGGUGAAAAUUGGGGAUCAUUUGUUACAAGCCUUUUAAAGGGCCACCUGGUGUGUCCUUGGAUAGACAUUAAUGGUUUCAACAGAGACAAAGCCACUUAAUAGCAGCUCCCUUUGUAGGUUAAUAGAUGUCCUAUGAUUCUGCAGAGAAAAUGUCUAUAGAAAGAGCAUCUCAGUUGUCUAUAGAUGGAAGAGCUUUUAUUAUGACAGUGUUUCUAGACCAAAAUAUGACCAAUGACUGUGUUUAUGUUGAAGUUUUCUUGAAUAGAAGAGAUGAUGCAUGUGUUCAUGGACAAAAGUAACACUUCAUGUGUUCAAAGUUAAAAGAAACAGUUCAUGUGUUCAUAGCUGGGAGAAACAUUUCUUGUGUCCAUGGAUGGAAGAAACACUUUGUAUGUCUAACUGGAAGAAAUACAUACUGUGGCCAUGCAUUGAAGAAUCAUCUGGUAUGUCCACAGAUGAAAGAAAUACCUCCCGUGUCCACAGAUAAAAGUGCUGUGUCCAGGGAUAAAAACAGUUUGUGUCCUCGCAAGAAGAAACAUUGUGUCCAAAGGUGGAAGAAACACUGUAUGUAUCAACAGAUUGAAGAAACACUUGGUGUGUCUGUGGAAAACUGAAACAUGUUGGAAGUUCAUAGAUAUUGCUCAGUGUCUAUUGAAGAAACAUAAUGUGUAUACAAACAUUAGUCAAACAUAGCCUUUGGAUGAGGCACCUUCUGUGAUUAACUCAUAAUUGUCUGUAUGUGAGUACAGAUGCCAUUGUGUAUAAAGCGGACUUUCUAGUAAAGGAACCAUUCAUCAACCGCAACA